ACUUCGGAACCAGCAGGUUUCAACGCACUGCGGACAUUGCAAGCGAUAGCGCGCCCGAUCGACUUUGUAGCACUGAAAGUCGACUUUGACACCCCGAGUGUGGAAGCUCCCUUGAUGGAAGCCAUUGUCGAUUCGGAGGCCUUGUUGGGCCUCAUCGACGAGGUCUUUUUCGAAUACCACUUUAAGGUUCGGCCAGAAUUUGGAUGGGGAAAUAGGAUGAACGCGACGGUAAACGACGCGCUGCGGCUCAUGCAACGACUUCGCGAAAAGGGUGUUCGGGCGCACUUUUGGAUUUGAAACAGACUAUGCGGUCCGCCAGCGUCGUGCCAACUUGGGCGAGCAGCUGUCCAAUGAAGCUUCACAUUAUUUGGUCCCCGAACUGCCCCCCAUGUAAAGGGAGCGGAACCUGAGUUGCACAGGGGUUGUGCGCCAGGCCCUCAGUAGACAAGUGUUGUCAUCAACAGAGUACAGGAUCUGACCUCACUCCUCCGUGAGGGCGCUGAGAUGUGAGAACUCAAGGCUGAGUUUUUGCUCCACUUUCGAUGCCGGCCACUCGCGCUCUGACCUCGGGGUAAUGGUAAUCUCUAGUCUUUUUUAGAAUUCAAGCGAAUGCAUCUUCG